UUUAGGCUUGAGGUGUAGAUUGUUCUGUAAAAACGUGUAGAUAUGCACAUAUAGUCACUAUUAGAGUGGUUAUAGAUUUAAAUCAACUAUUUUGAAUGUGAAGUGGAGGACGUGAAGACCAGUAAAGUUAAAAUGGCAGAGUCCAGAGUUCAUACUCAGUUUAAACUCACCUCAGGAGACAAGGUGAAGGCUGAUGUUGGUGAAGAGGUCACCCUCCCCUGUCACCUCUCACCUGACACCAGUGCUGUUACCACGACGAUCAGGUGGUUUAAAGGGACAGAGUGUAUUUACCUGUAUCAGAAUGGCCAGGUGACAGAGAGGAGUGGCUAUGAGGGCAGAGUGAGUCUGAUCACCCAGGAGCUGGAGAGAGGCAACGUGUCUCUGAGGCUGAGAGACUACAGGAGGUCAGAUAGAGGAGUCUACAUAUGUCAGGUCAUCCAUGGAGAACAGAAGGAGGAGGCUGCAGUGGGUUUAUGGGAUAGAGAAGUACGGGGAUUAGAACAACUACGGGGAUUAGGAUGGGGAUCAGUUCACAGUAUUUACAACAUGAGACCCAGGAGAACAAGCUGAAGAGGGAGGCAUCAGCUGGUGAGCUUGAGUUGAAGAUGGAAAAAGAAUUAAAAGAGAUUUUAAGACAGGAGAUGAUGAAACAACUAGAGGAGAAAGACACCCAACUGGAUGAUAUGACCCAGGAAGUGAGAGAGAAAGAGAGACUCCUGGAGGAGAAGAACCAGAUAAUGGGACAGAGGGAGAAACUAUUAGAAGAGAAAGAAAACCAACUGGAAGAGAAAGACAAGCAACUAA